GACACUGUAAAUGUCUUCUGCAAAUAAUAAAAAUGCUUGGAUUAUGUUAAUAUUAGUUUAUUUCAUUGGCGACGAGGAGUAACCAAACAAAAUGAAUAAGGAACAAUUCCAAGAAUUUCUACAAUUACAAAAAAAUCAGCAACAACAGAUUUCGGACAUUUUGCAACAACUUGUGUUGCAGCAACGACCAGCAGUGGAGCUCCCCACGCCAGCAACACCUGGCACGGAACCUACCAGCUCGGCAAGCAGCAACAAGUACACAAUUAUUAAAAGUUUCAAAUGCGACACUUUUAACCCUGCGACUGUAUCGGUAGAAAAAUUUUUAGAUUUUUUCGAAGCCAAAUGUGACAUAUGGGCCGUAAGUGAUAAUGACACAAGGAAAGAAUUAUUAUUUUCAUGUAUGUCUCCUGAGAUAUUUCACGACCUAAAAAUAGCACUCGUUCCUAACUUUGGAAACAGUUCCUACAAUGACAUUAAGUCUAAACUACUCGAUUUACAUCGAACUAAAGUUACGAGGUAUAAAGCACUAACUGAAUUUUGGAGUUGCGUACGAGACCACAACGAGACUAUGGAACAGUAUGCUAACAGGCUAAAGAAACUCGCCAGCGAUUGUGGCUACAAGGACACAAUGUUUCAACGUCAAUUGCGCGAUCGAUUUGCUACCGGCUUAAAUCACCCUCAACUAGAAGUGGACCUAAAACAGAAAUGGCCAGACCUUCAAGAGACUUACGACGGAAAACUUGUAGAGGUUACUUUCGAUCAAUUCUUUGCAGUAGCUCAGUCCAGAGAGUUAGCAGAAGGUGAUGCUGAUAGUAGCAUGCCCGCUACCGCUAAUAAAGUAAAAGCAAGAACAAGUACAGGACGUCACUAUAAACAAUGUACGUUUCUACGCAAACUAAGUCCAAACCAGUGCCGUCGAUGUGGUGCACAAGAGAGACAUAGGCUAAACGUUUGCAAGGCAAAAGACCAUACAUGCGAUGAAUGCCACAUACAAGGUCAUUUUGAAAGUUGCUGUAUAAAGUCUGGUAGGGCAUAUUUAGCGAGCACCGCGACAGAAAAGAAACAACCAACCAAUUAUAGUAACAAACUGCAUAAAAUUAAGUACAAUGCACACAAUGAUGGAAGUUCAUCACAGUCUUUUGACACGAGUUCGGAUGAAAGUGAUGAUGUCUUCAAGGUUGAACGCAAGAGAAACAAGGACAGCAAGAGAAUUGAUGUAACCGUCAACGGUGUCAGUUGCACAUUCGAUUGGGACCCAGGAUCCGUGUACUCCAUUAUUAGCACAAAUUUCUGGAAGCGGAUCGGAGAACCCUCUCUAACCAAGGCACCGAAGCUACGAGCUUAUGGGAACCUUAAGCUCAAACCAAAAGGUCUCACCGACGUAACCGUUGAAAUCAUGGGAGAGCGGAAAAUAUUACCUGUUGUGGUUAUGGAAGACGCCAAUCCAAUGCUUUUUGGCCUCCAGUGGAGCGAGAUGUAUAAAAUGACAUUCCCAGAGCCAGUCUAUUCGGUUAAACCCAUUCAACACACCACUACGCUUAAACAGAUCGGGGGACAGCGUGUUUGUCCGAGCCCGGGAUGGGUCACGAUGGGAACCUGCUACCAUAUCCAGACGUACGCAUAGAUACUCGUACACCGUAGACACAGCCAAUGGGGUAGAAAGGAGAUAUCAUGCUGAUCAAGUGCGUUCCCGCUUAGCCGACCAUAUCAGUCCAGUUUCUACUGAUGGCUCUCAGGCCACACACGACCCGCAUCAUAUAAACACCAGUGAGGUGGAACCCCUUGCAAGUUCGUCAGGAACGCAGAACUCAGCUACCACCCCAAUGCGGCCAUGCGCUGCUACUACGCAUUCGCCACCUACCACGGCGUCCCUACAGCAAGCAUCAAAGCGCCAUGAGCGCACCAUCAGGCGACCUCGGCGGCUUAUCGAGGAGAUGUUGUAAAUUGUAGGGAUGGACGAAUGUUAUAUAUAUAUAUACACUAUGGUUGGUAGAUCUAUGGAUAUAAUUGACACUGUAAAUGUC